AUGGAAAUAGACGUUACUCCAGAUGGUAUUUCAGAAUAUAAUACAGGUAACUCAAGUCAAAGUGAAGAAGAAAAUACCGAAAAUUCAAGUGCCAAUAAAAAAAAUGUAAGCAAUAACGUGAGUGCAGAAGAUCGUGGUAAAACCAGCCCCAAUAGCAGGAAAACCAAACAUGCACUUCGACAACAAGCAAAACGCAGAAGAAAAAAUACUACUAUAGCUUCUGGUAACACAACUUCUGUACCCCGAAUAAUAGUUAAACCUCUACCUCCUCAAGCAGUUGAAGAGCCAACUGUGACCAUAGUGCCUACAAGAAGAACACCAACAAUGAAAGAAGUGCUUGCUUCAAUUCCUGGGUUUACCAUGAAGCCUAGAAAAAGGACCGGCAAAAAAUUAUCGCAAGCCGCGCAACUUGAACAAACCAAAGAAGGCUGCAUAGAUUUGGAAACUGCGGAUUCCAUAUUAGUCAACACGAAUUUGCGCCACUUGCUUAACAAGGCUACCUUUGCCGCCCUGCCCACUCUUUAUCAAAAUAAACUGGUACAGUUACUACCCAACGUCGAUAGGAAUAUCGUGAACAACGAUUCGAAUAGCAUUAGCGUCGAAAUUAGCAAUUCCGGUUUAAACAACGAGUUUUUUGCCAGAGCUUGUCUGGAAUGGCAGGAUAGAUUGGCAGAGGGCGAGUUCACGCCAGAAAACCAGCAGAAAUUAAAGCUGGAAGCCGAUAAGGAAAGGAGUAAAGUUGAUCCAUGGAAAUUGAAGCAUUUUGAACCGAUUUGGGGCGAUCGAUCUUUCGAUUUGUUAACCGGAAAUGUACAUAGCAAUCUGUCCUCAAUCCAUGGAACUCGUCCACCUAUUAAGACCACCAUCAAGCUCAGGCCUUCCACUACACAGAUGACCAAACACAGUAAGAAUGCAGCGUCAGCUCCGGUCAAACGCUUGCGCACUGUUGGCGCUGUGACGCGUUCAUGCACAAGCAUGAAACUGAGCUCCACAGAUAGCCCCAUUCCCGACUUGUUACCUAUCAAACAGAUGAGACAAGUACAAAAGGAUGAGGUUCAAUUUAAGGCUGAAAGUACCGUUAAAGUAGAUGUAGAUACACUUAGUGAUAACAUUAGGGAGCCCCAGGAAAAAUGUAUUGUUAACAUAAGUGAUACUAUUUUAGAAAACAACCAAGAGACAAUCAUUAUCUGCUCCUCUAAGCCCGACAAGAGGCGGAGAUCGCCGAGUACCGAUACGGACGGACAAUCGCCGAAAAGGAAAACUCCCAGUCCUUUCGUCGAGACUCACAUGCACCUUGAAGGUAUCGAGCACGAAAAAGACAUCCUGGAAGAUCAUUUGGGUGAAGAUAUAAGCGAUGACGAUAAGGUCAGUGAAACCGCGUCUGAGAUUGUCGAAGAUGACUCUUACUACCAUGAUAAGGAUAAACUAAUGGAUGAAAACAGCAGCAGUUCAAGUAGCAUCGUCGCGCACAAUAUUGAAGAGAUUUCCAGCAAUGAAACAAUCGAAACGGUAGAUUCGUUACAGUUGCACAUCGAUUACAAGGAGGAAGAUCAUAAUCAGACCGAUGAAACUUCUUCUACGACUACAACCACUGAACAGGAUCAGGACGAUCAGGAGGAGGAUGAACAGGAGGAUCCGCUUGCGCCAACACCGGAUAUGCUAGAAUUGGCACCAAUGGAUACAGAUCCACUGCAGAUUACCGAAAAUGACAGCGAGUGUCAUAUAGUUGCAGAUCAUUUAAAAAUAACGCACAUCGAUGACAAAGAACAUUAUGGUCUGGUAAUGGAACCGAUUCACUCAGAGAACAUAAGCAUCAUAGAAAACCAAGCCAUUGACAUCAACGAAGCUCACGAAGACCAAGUAGAUGCUGAAUUGCCCAAAGAUCAAUCACUUGAAUCUCUGGAAUCCUUAGACAGCUCGGAGCGCGCGGAAUCAAUAGAACCGUUGGAACACAUGGAAACGGUAGAGCAUAUAGAGCCCAUGGAGCACAUAGAAACGACAAAAGAUGAGCCGCACAUUCAAGAAACAUUUCAAAUCCUACCAAACACGCUGAUAUUGCACGAAGAGAAACCCGCCUGUUCAGAACCCGACAAUAUUCCGGAUUCGGCUGAUUCGUUGACGGAUCAGAAUGACAGCAUAGCCGAUCCGGAAAAGUUGGAAGCUAGCGUCGAGGAGUGCGAUUUGGUGUUGGCUCAGAUUUCCGAGGCGAGCUUCGGCGCUGUCAGAACCGACGACGAGGAUCGCUUUAUCGAUGCCGAGAACUACGUUUUGGAAUCGGGACAGUUGACCGCGGAAGAGGUUGAAAAAGCGAACAAGUUGGAGAUGGAGCGGACCGGCGUCGAUAUACAGGCCACUCUAUUUGGAGAGACUAGUGUUAGAGCCACCGAGGAAUGUUGCUGGGGUAUGGUGGACAGUAGAACCGAGAAGCUGAUGCAAGUAUCGCCUUUACACACGCUUGAGACGACGGUGUCUUUAGACACGAGCAGUUCCACGGAAUCGUCGGUGCCCGAGAAGCAAUUGGAAGAACACGUGCAAGUGAUUCCGAUGCAGGAAGAACUGGAAGUGAAGUUGGAACAGGGAAGGUUCCCUGUCGUCGUCAAUGAUUGGAGGUACGAUGUCAACAUGGACCCCGAUAUGGUAGAAGCAGCUCUAGGAUCAUCCAAAGAAGACUAUGAUGAUAAAGAAUCGCCAAAGCAGAAUUUAAACUAUCCAGAAUACACCGGGAACCAAGUUAAGUUGGAAUUAGAAGUUACUCUCACUCCGGAAAUAGUCAGUACCCAAUCUAGCAACCCUGUCAUCUGUACAAGCAGCAACUCGCCGAGUCCCUCCAUAACUCCACCGGUGACAAAAGUAUCCUUAACGACUGUAAUCCCCCCUACCAUCAUUCCCCCAACCGUUAUCCCACCCACCACUAUCGUAUGUCUGCCCAGCGUCGUAACGACAUCCCCAAUCAUGCAUCCCGCAGUCGUUAACGAUGUAUCGCAAUGCGCAGCCAUUCCGCGCGUUCAGAGUUCCAGCUCCGUACCGUAUUUGGCGUUGAGUACGAGCCAACCAAUAAGGGCGGUGUCGACACACACCAAAGUCAAACCAAAGAACUCCCAAAGCGGGAACAACAGAAAUCGGAGUAGUAACAAACCUCCCCCCGGAGCUGUAAACUUGGAGAGAAGCUACCAAAUAUGUCAGGCUGUGAUUCAAAACAGUCCCAACAGGGAUCAAUUGAGAUGUCAGUUGAAGCCGCCCCCGAGUUUGCUGGCCGCCGCUCAAGCUAACAACAUGAAAAAGAACGAAAAUAGACCACCGCAACAACAGCAGCAGCAGCAACAACAGCAGCUACAGCAACAACAACAGCAGCUGCAACAGUUUGCCACUGGGAGAGGCACGAUCAACAAAACGUUCACACCUCCUUUGCCAGCUCCAAACAACACGUACCAAAUGAUCCAGGGCGGGAACGGAAUUAGGGGCGUACCGCAACGAAUGAGGACCGUACCCUAUCAGCAACAAAGACCGCCGGGACCGGCGCCGGUUGUCGUCAGACACGUUUUUACGUCUGGCCAGGGGAUUCCCGUCACCAUGGCGGUAUUACCGCAAACGCCCACCAUUAGCCAAGAGGUAAUCGAUACCCAAAAUCCCGUCGGAACCCUAGGCCAGUACAUCCUCGUCCAACGUACCGGCAUACACGAUCCAUUGCACACGCCUCGCUCGUCCAGCGCUCCGCCCUCGCAACAGCAACAGCAGAUAAAUAAUACGGUGAGCGCGGGGGGCGUGCCGCAGAUGGUGUCCGUGGGGGCGGGACGAGGGCGGCCUGCCAGCGUAGAGGUGGACCAUCCAUCUGUGCAGGGACAACCAUGCAACGAUUUUGUUGUUCAGUGUCCGAAUCCUGGGAUUCAGGCUGUGACGAGAAGGCAGCGGUUACCUCCUGGUGUAGUGUACGGCGAUGUCAGCGUAGAAUCCCCCCUCCAAAACUAUACGAUAAUCGGCGGCGACGGCAACGUAAUGGUCGAUCAUCCAGGCGCCGCGAUGCCCAGCCAACUCGUCCUACAAAAACAACCGACGUCUGCGGCGCCCCCUGUGCCGAAACCCGUCACAGCCACAACGGUCGCCGGGGACCAGAACUGCGCGUGCAGCCUUAAGGCGAUGGUGAUGUGCAAAAAAUGCGGGGCCUUUUGUCACGACGAUUGCAUCGGGCCCAACAAACUGUGUCGUACUUGCUUUAUACGAUAG